AGGGAGGCUACUCUACAAGACAAUAGAUCUAAACUUGAGUUUCAGCAGAGCGUGAAAGGUUUCAGGAAGUAUCACAUAUCCCAGCAUCCCAGUGACAGAGUCCAUGAACAUUCGUGGUCUCCAGAGAUCAGGACUACUGAGCCCUGAAGCAGACGGAAAAAGUCAAAACACUGCACAGAGUGGUCUCCCCCUUCUCUUCACCCACUCAGGCCCAGCAGAUCCCAAACAUGCCGGGGUCAACUGCAUAUCCACUGUCAGGCAUGUCGUUGGUGUCACAACUUGCAUCACCCCCUGCAGCAGGGAGCCAUGCAGCAGCUCUCCAACAGCUCAAUCUACAAAGCACAGCAGGAGUCCAGCCAGGUCAGAGUUUGUUGAGCAGUUUCCCCAAGGCAAACCCUGCAAGGAAUUUAGCUGGCAGGUUUGGUGUGAGGAGUUCAGCUGCCCGGGCGACUCACCCCCAGGAUUACUACUACCGGAAGUGGCGACGCCUCAAGAAGCUCAUCAAGGACACUGUGUUUAUCAACGGGUCCGUGUGUGACGAGGUGAUCCGCAUAGAAGAGAAGCUGGCCCGGUCCAAGGAGGAGAGGAGGUUUCUCCUGAGGAAGCUGCUGCAGUACCAGUCUCUAAGUGAGGCACCAACACCGCCGGUCAAACAGGAAGUGACCACACCAUCGGUCAAGACAACAAAAAGUCCAGUUGUGCUGGCUUCACCAGCAUCCGAGACGACGAUGCAAGAGACAACCACACCCAUCCCCAGCAAGUCCAAGUCAGCAAAGAAGAAGGCCCCACCCACUUCCACAGACAAGAAGAAGAGUUCUGCUAGCAAGGAGCUUAUCGAGUCUGUCCAGCCGAAGCCUAAGAAGAGUAAAUCAGCUGGAGCCAAUCGCAGGAUAGCUAUUCCCCUGAUCCCCCUUGACCCAACCGGCCGCCCAGUCUUCCCUCUUGUCCUUGGGGACCUGACUGUCCACAGCCUAGGGGAGCUGAACCCAGAUCGCUCCUGUUUCCACUCUGCUGAAGCCAUCUACCCCGUCGGCUUCUGCAGCACCCGCGUCUACGGCAACGUGACGAACACUGAAGUUCGCUGUCUGUACACAUGCAAGAUAUCCGACUCCGGCUCCAGCCCAGUGUUUGAGAUCGCCCCUGACGACUGCCCUGACAAGGUGUGGAAGGCCAAGUCCCCAGCAGAGUGUCACAGCAUGCUACAGCGAGCCAUUUUCAAGGCCAAGGGUGUGGAACUGACCCCGACAGCCACUAGCGGGGUGGAUUUCUUUGGGUUGACCCACCCCAUUGUCCAGAACCUCACACAGUCUCUGCCAGGGGCCAGGAAGUGUUCCGGCUACAAGUGGCACAAGUUCGAGGUCAACAAAGGGGAGGUAAUCGACAACAUCGUUCACUGUAAGAAUGAUCCAAUGGUCAACUAUGAUGCACUGCGGAAACUGGUGGCAGCUUCAGGAGCUAAAGCACAGACCAUCUCUGCCUCUGCUCAUCUGGAACCUUCAACCAGUCUGAGGUCCCUGUUGACUAGUGGGCCCUUCACUACAGCCAUGUAUGCUCAGAAGUGAUUGUAGAACAGCCCCAACCAUCUGAGUCCACUACCUUCAUGUUUGCUCAGAAGGGACCUCUGACCAACCUUAUUCAACCAGACUGAGAUCCCUGUUGGCUUAAGUACAGCCUUAUAUGCUCAGAAGACUUCAAGUGACCAACCUCUUCAAGAAGCUUGUCAUCCUUGUUGACAAAUAGACCCUUAACAACAGCCAUAUGCUCCCAAGUGACCUCACAGGCCCUUCACAAAAGGGGCACCUAUAUCAAGGGGAGAUAACUCUUGUUAUCUGGCGGGCUCAUCUCACCAACAGAUUCAUGUACAACAGAGAUACUGAUGGACACAAGCUGCUGGUGUUAGAACAUGUAGAAGAAAAUUGAAGACACCACAGUCACUAUCUCAAUCAUCUCAGUCAUCACAUCACUUUCUGACAGCACCGUCAUCAUUUGUAUCUUCACCAUCAUUACAUUGCAGUAAUCAUUACAUCACAGUCAUUGUUUCAUCAUGGUCAUCAUUUCAUCACAGUCAUUAUUAUGACCAAUGCAGGAUCUGUCUUCCUCUGAUAUUGAAAGAACAGUUUGUACAUAAAGUUGAAAUAAAUAUUUUGCCUCAUAGAAGGUUAUUAACAGACGUUUGGUAACUUGAUACCAGUCAUCAUCCAUGUUGUGGAGUGUGAAUUUGCCUGUAAUUGUCUUCUUGUAUAUCGCAGGUACAUGUCCUACCUAUCUACUUGUUACCAUUGUUGUAUAUUAAUGAAAUAUUUGACAGAGAAAUACAUACUAGUAUUGAUAUGUAUUUGUUUGUGCUGGAACAAAACUAAGAAAAUAAUAAAGAUGAAGAUGUA